AGCUGUUUGUCCUGGUCUCUGCCUUGUUCCUGAGCAGCUUUACCACCCUCUUCCAACCUCCCCAUCCCAUUUGAGCUACCACUGCCUGUGUCAGUCCCAUCCCAUUGCAGGCUGGUUUCAGGCAGGCACUGCUGUGCUCAGAGCACUAGCCUGGACCUUGAAGUCUGCAGCUCUGGAUUCACACAGAUUCCCCCCUGUGCCUGUACAGAACGUGUACAGGACAUUUGGGACCAUUUGUGAUGCUCAUUGGACUUUUGGAAGAAAAGGGGAGCAGAGGAUGAGCAGAACUGAGUUUUGUGAACACAGCCAGAACCCAAAAUGCAUGUGAAGGGUCAGCCCUUGUGUGCUAAAGACAGGGACCCAAAAAUUAUAGGGGCUAUGGGGAGGAAAGACACAAAAGGAGAAGCAGAAGUGUAUGCAAAGCAGCUUGGGGCUGCGGAGUGGAUGGCUCAGAGCGCUUCCUGUUCCCGGAGCCGUGCGUGCCCCGCUGAGUACAGGCUCGCGCCUGCCCGUGCCCAGCAGCACUGCGCAGCGGGCUGGAGAUCAAGGCACCUGUCCAGGGAAAGGUGCAUGAAGAGGGCCUGAAUGGACUGACAGUCAGCUCCAGCAGAGAUACAUGGCCAGCUCCCAAGAGGUGCAGGAACAGCUUGGCCUUGGGUGCCCCAGCACAGACCUCCGAUUUCCCUUUCCUUUCCAGCGCAAACUGAUUUUUCCUCUGUGUUUUUUGGGUUGCUUUGGUGGCAGCCACUUGGACGCCUCUUCUUUCUCCCUCCACAAUGGUGAGGUGGUUUCACCGUGACCUGAGUGGGCUGGAAGCUGAAGCCUUACUGAAGGGACGAGGUGUCCAUGGGAGCUUCCUGGCCAGACCCAGUAGGAGGAAUCAGGGGGAUUUUUCCCUUUCAGUCCGGGUUGGUGAUCAGGUAACCCACAUCCGAAUCCAGAAUACUGGGGAUUUCUAUGACCUGUAUGGAGGGGAGAAGUUUGCCACCUUGUCAGAACUGGUGGAGUACUACACACAGCAACAGGGCUCGCUGCAGGACAAAGAUGGAACCAUCAUCGACUUGAGAUACCCGCUCAACUGUUCUGACCCCACGACAGAGAGGUGGUACCAUGGGCAUCUGUCAGGCCCUGCAGCUGAGUCCCUGCUCCAGGCUAAAGCUACCCCUUGGACCUUCUUGGUGCGGGAGAGCCUCAGCAAACCUGGGGACUUUGUCUUGUCUGUCCUCACUGACCAGCCUAAACCUGGCUCUGAUGCUCCAGCCGGGGCAACCGGUGCCUCUGGGACGCGGCUCAAAGUCACACACAUCAAGAUCAUGUGUGAGAAUGGACGCUACACAAUUGGAGGGGCUGAGAUGUUUGACAGCUUGACAGAUCUGGUGGAGCACUUCAAGAAGAUUGGAAUUGAGGAGAUGUCUGGUUCCUUUGUGUACCUGAAGCAGCCCUACUAUGCUACGAGGGUGAAUGCUGCUGACAUUGAGAACAGAGUGCAGGAACUGAACAAGAAGACAAGUCUGUCUGAGGAGACGUCCAAGGCUGGAUUCUGGGAAGAAUUUGAUAGCCUGCAAAAACAGGAAGCCAAGCACCUGUUUGACCGUCAUGAAGGCCAGAGACCUGAAAAUAAGAGCAAAAAUCGAUACAAGAACAUAUUGCCCUUUGAUCACUCCAGAGUCAUCCUCCAGGGAAGGGACCCAAACAUACCCGGAUCUGACUACAUCAAUGCCAACUAUGUCAAGAACACCCUGAUCAGCCCAGAUGAGUGCACCAAGACCUACAUCGCCAGCCAGGGCUGCCUGGAUGCCACAGUCAAUGACUUGUGGCAAAUGGUGUGGCAGGAGAACACACGCAUUAUUGUGAUGACAACACGGGAGGUGGAAAAAGGCCGGAACAAAUGUGCGCCUUACUGGCCCGAGCUGGGCAGCACGAAGGAGUACGGUCCCUACCUCGUGCAGAACGCUGGGGAGCACGACGCACUGGAGUACAAACUGCGGCACCUCUGCGUGUGCCCGAAGGAUAAUGGCAAGGAUGUGCGUGAGAUCUGGCAAUACCAGUACCUGAGCUGGCCUGACCAUGGUGUACCCAGUGAGCCGGGAGGAGUCCUCAGCUUCCUCGACCAGAUAAACCAGAAGCAAGAGAGCAUCCCCAACGCAGGGCCUAUUCUGGUACACUGCAGUGCUGGGAUUGGCCGCACUGGGACUAUCAUCGUCAUUGAUAUGAUAGUGGAAACAAUCUCCACCAAGGGGCUGGACUGUGACAUUGACAUCCAGAAGACCAUCCAGAUGGUGAGGGCCCAGCGAUCUGGGAUGGUGCAGACAGAGGCCCAGUACAAGUUCAUCUACAUGGCCAUCUGCCAGUUCAUAGAGGCAACCAAGAAAAAGCUGGAAGUUAUCCAGUCUCAGAAAGGCAAGCCAAACGAGUGUGAGUAUGGGAAUAUUGCCUACCCCCCUGCAGUGAGGAAUGCACACCCCAAGAUUUCCCGAAAACCCUCCAAGCAGAAAGAGGAGUCAACAGUGUAUGAGAACUUGGGGAAAAAGGAGGAGAAGGUGCGGAAACAACGCUCCUCAGAGAAGAAGCUGAAAGGCUCACUAAAGAAAAAAUAACCAUACAUUGCAGCUAGCCCCACAGGGGUUUGAACCUGGGCUGCAGGACUGGAGCUCGCAUCCCAGCUGGCCUGUCUCGCAUUCCUUGCUCUUGGACUGGAAUGAAGCCUUCCCCCUCUCUUCCGUGCCAGCUUUCAGUGCCGUGAAGCAGAGCGCUUCCCAGCUCAGCUGACCAACUCCAUGGCCCCUUGCCUGUGCAGGCCAGCAGUCCCUCGCUGCUUCCUCAUCAUCCAUUAGCUGGAAAAGGUCACGCCCCUCCUUCCCUUGCUCCCUGAGCACCGGGGCCCAAACUCACCUUUGCUGUGUCAGCUUCAGAGGAAUUCUCAGGGAAGAGCUAAGGAAGGUCAAUCCAGGAGCUACAUCUCUGCCCCCUGCCGGGAGUUAGAGUUUAUCCUGUUUGUGUUCCCUGAAGCCUCAGCUUUUCAAGUAUGAAGGUUUUGGUCUGUUUCAGCUCAGCUCCUCUGCAAUUCAACAGGAGACUUCCUCCUUCCUUAAUACCAACCUUCUGCCCCUCUUAUCCUUUUGCUAUCUCAUCCUUCACCUGGAUGCUGUAAAUAUACCAGAAUUUGAUGUGAGGGCCAUGUUUUCUUUUUUGUUUGUAAAUAAACUUGUGUUUGUUUGGCUA